AUGGAGUGGUAUUACGGGAGUGGCAUGGAUGACGUUGUUGUUCCAAAUGAUGGAGGAUCGGACAGGCUUCCAUCUCCAGACAGUUGGUCGAAAUGGGGAAUCAGUGCUUCCGAAUGUUUUCAGCCCACUAAUAAAUGCUUUUCUAUAUAUCCACAAUUCACUAAAGAGCUCAACUAUAAUGGUAGCAGUUUAUUUGAUGACAUGGAGAUGGAAACUUCUGUUAAUGAAAAAGAUCUAUCUAGCAGUUCAAGUGUAUGUGAAGGAUUUUCCGAGGACUCUCUUCAGCAGACCACACAUUCAUUGAAUCGAACCAAUAAUCAGCUUGAAGACCUAGCAGGACUUGAACAGAUGGAUGACAUUUUCUUGAGUUCCUUACUUGAUGAUCUUCCUGGGGCAGAAAAUGUACACAAGUCAUUCUAUUUUUGUCCUGAUUCCAGUGGCUUGUUGCCCACUGAUAAUAUCUCAACAAGCAUGAGUUUGGAAUCACAAAGUUUCUCGAGCAGUGCACAUAGUGCAGGAAGCUCAAAGUAUCUUAAAAAUCAUGCGUUUUCACCAGCGGUGGGUUCAGAGAAGGGGCAUGCCACUACUUCACAGUAUAUUCAAUGCAACUCAGAGCAAAAAGCUUGCCCAUCAGUAAAGGCAGAAAGCGUCUUUGCCCCACCUGAGCAAGGCAGCAUGAAUGGACUUCUGGGUGAGGAAACAUCAGUUGAAGAAUCGGUAUUGCAUGAUCUGGAAAUGGUGAUGACACAGUUGAAUGAAAAGACACGAAUUUGCUUUCGCGAUGCCUUAUACCGCCUUGCCAACAACUCAAAAGGAAAUCUCGCUACACAGAGCCAAGAUGGAGACCAAGCGAGUGAAAUUGAAGAACCCUCUUCAUGGACAGCUCAGGAUGAAACUAUCAGGUCAGGGAGCAAUAAAGGAACAGAAUCAGAGACAAACACCAUUGACAGAGCCAUUGCAAACCUCAUGUUCAAUGAGAUGGACUUUAGUGCGCAACCUCUUUCUGGAGGUGCACCGUUAGACCCCAAACGAGAAGCCAGUGGAGUGACUGGGCAGCAAACUGACAAGGGCUAUCGGCCACAAAUCUCCCAUUCACAUCUCCUCUCAUUUGUACCACAUGAUGCUGAAGUGCCAAUACUUGGUGAAAGAAGCAUGCAUGCCGAAACAGAUCAUCAAAUACACAAAAGUUUCUCUGUGUGUAAUGCCGGUGGGAAGAGGAAGGCUCCGAUGAUCGAGUUCGAGUCUACAACUGGGUACUAA